AUGUCCCCCAUGUCUUUCCGUUUACACCCCUUCCCCGACUCCGUGGGUCUUUCUGCUGCCGGUGUGGUCAUCCAUGAGGCCGUUACUCCUAAGCCUGUCGAGAUCUUUGCGUCUCCGGCUGUUUCUGUCGUUUGUAAAAAAAUAAUAAAAUACCACGUUUGCGCCGUUGCUGUGCUUCUGAUGCAAAUGGUACAGGUAAUCCAAAGUGGUAUCCGUUUUGAGUGA